CAGUUCUCCGGUGUCGGGAAAAAGCUUUGACCGACGCUAACCGCAUUUGGUGGACCCGCCUCGAAAAUCCACGAAAAGUGAUUCCCCGGCGCGGGGAGGCGGGCAUCUGGAUAUCAAAAUUUUUUUUUUAUUUAUAUUUUUUAUUAAAUUAAUCCUUGCUUACAGGAUCUUCAUUGCUCGGAUCUUGCUGAGCAAUGGAUCCCCACGCAGGUUCUAGCGUCCAGAGUGACGCUGGAUAUCAGAAAAUGGAAGCGAUAUCGCAAGAUAUACAACUCCUAUCGGAGGGAACCCUCAAGGAGAUCAGCAAAGGCCUAUUGGUCAACUUUGUUCUGUCAUGUGAAGACAUUGAUAAAGUGGACCGAGUAUGGCGGAGCUUGUUGAAGACGUUUUCGACGGCUUCAACAUCGAACAACCAUACGACAGCUGCAUGUAAUGCUCUAAGCGCAUUCCUUGACACCGCGCUUACUUCAAAAUGUGAAGGAACGACUAAACUUGCUUGUUCCCACGAGACCUGGUCUUUGGUGUAUGAAAUCUACAUGGCUCGGUACAAAGAUUCCAGCCCCAAGGCGAUGAAGCAAGUCUUAGAGUGCUUAGUUGGACUCUACAUUAAGAAUCCCCAGGAAACUGACAGAGAUUCUAUUCGGUUGAAGGUCGCCCACGCGACAAUUCCAAGCAUUAUCCUGGGUGAACCCCGCUCACGACUUAAAGCGUCUUUCGUCUCUUUGGAGACCCUACUGCGCAAGAGCGCAAUCUCACCCGAUCAAUUGAUCUCCAUGGUAGAAAGUUGGCUCUUGGAAAACCGUGAGAGAUGGAUAUCUCUUCUUCAAGAAGAUUGCAAAGCCCUGUUCAUAGAUGUACCUCGCUUCUUAGGAAGUGCUCCAAGCCCUGAGUCGAAGCAAACCGUGGCUGAGAUCCUCUUGUUGAGAUUACUAGCUCAAGCGAAAACACCUGAACUUGCUGCAUCUUCGGGAGACUUGAUGGCUGCAUUCUUCAAGAAGGUCAAAAACUCUGGCGCAUCUCAAGAGGAUUCCCACAGUCUAUCAUCGGCCUGGGUGACUCCAGUUAGACAUCUUGCGCUGCAAAACCUCGGCAACCUAGAGUUAAUGUCGAAUUAUACCCUUCAGCCUUUGUUUAAUAUUGACCCUAUUGGCUUCAGAACCUUCCUGGAUAAGCUCCAUCUGCAAAACUUGCUUGCAGGGGACAUGAGUGAAGCGCCCUUGCCCGAGCUUACCCUUCUUUUCGCAUCGCUACAGAUGGCUAAGAAAAUUGGUUUGGUUCAUGAUGAUCAAUACAUACCUAGAGCGGGCACCUCUAGCAAUGAAGCCCAGGACGCACUUGUGUUAAAGAGCGAAGUGAUUGGCCAAUUUCUGUUCCAUAGAGAACAUAGCAUUAAGAUAGCAGCGCUUUCACUGCUAAUCACGGCCCCUGCAACAACAAAGCCCGUUUCGUCAGCUACAAUAAGAUCCAUUCUGAAAGGCCUGCCAUCCAUGCACUCCGAAUCCGCAGACCCAUAUGCUAGAGGAGAGAUCUUGAGUCUCAUCCGUAGAUUGAUUCCUCGACUCAAAGGCGGCAUUUUGAGUGAGCACGAAACCUUCACUGAGACAAAGAUCCCACAUAGCAGAAAGCACCAACCGAAGUUUGCUCGUGAUGAUUCCGAGACCCGUCAGUGCUUGAAGGAAUACUUAGAGCUACUGAAAGAUGAUCUGCGGCCGACAGCUUCUUACCCACGCCACAUUAUGGCAUUGAAAACAUUAAUCCACCUCCUCGAGUCCGGUCUUGACGCCCGAUAUGCCGGCCACAUCGCAGCCAAACAGGCGGGCAAUGUGACAAAAUGGCGAGUUAACGUGGACGUGUUUGAGCCGAGCCUACUCAGAUUGCUGGUGGAUCUUUUACUUGAUCCAUAUGAGGAAGUGCGAGCUACGUCCCUUACAUUGCUCAAUCUAUUCCCACAAGAGGUCUUGCUGAGUGGCUAUGCGAGACCUGUUGACAAAAAGCAAGACAAGCCGCAGCUUAUAGACGCCUUGAAUAGAUCUGAACAGUUAGCAAGUAAUACUAGCAGAGCUGACCACGCAGAUACUGUCGCUCGCCUGUAUCACAUCUUCUUCACAGCAGCAGACGAUAAUAGCUCCAAAGCGACGGAAAAUUGGUGGGAGACAAAACAAGGAGUUGUUGAUACUAUCUUGAAGAAACUGGAGGAGAAAGUAUCGCUUGCCGGCGGUCUCUUCAACUCCUCUAUGCGUGAUGCACCCCUACACGGCUAUGUCUCCGCUCUGAGAUAUAUUAUUCUGACGCCGGACUUCUAUGCCUUGAUUUCAACUUCACAGACAGGUUACGAGGCCUGGAGGGCUGUGCACGCAAGGAUAUUGUCUGUGUGUGAUAGAAUCUGGACUGAAGUGAAACCCGUGCUUUGCAUUGAUUCUCCAGAGGGUCACACCGAUGAGCCCAUCGAAGAUCUUUCCGUUGGACCGAAGGAUAUUCUUUCUUAUUCUUGGCGUGCACUUCGGGAGUCCAGUCUUCUGCUCUAUGCAACACUCUCCAACAGAACUUAUGGACCGAAAGGAGAAUUAGGGAUGACAAAGAGUGAUUUUGAGACUAUAGGAGUUGCAAGUUUCACACAGCUGGCUGAGCUUCGCCAUAGAGGGGCAUUCUCCACGGUGUCUCAAACAUUCGCUACCUGUUGUUUGCGUUGCGGGCAGUCAAGUGACCCCGAGAUUGCCAGCCUACCCCAACGAUGGUAUCAGGAAGCCAGAAAGAUCAUAUUCGAGACAGCAUCCAAGCUAACACGUCGCUCUGCUGGACUUCCAGCACUGGCCACUGGAAUUCUCUCGUCUAACCCCGGAGGGCCCCUCUUCCAAGAAGUCAUAAACGAACUUCUAGAAAUUUCUCAUCUGCCUGUACAACAGGAUGAUAACACCCAGGACAUGGAGCUGCCUCAAGUCCAUGCUCUUAACUGUCUGAAGGAUAUCUUCACUAAUACCAAACUUGGCGCUCAUACCGAACCAUUCAUUAUGCCCGCAUUGAACUUGUCUGCUGAGCAGCUUGGAUCUCCAAUCUGGAAUCUGCGAAACUCCGGACUGAUGCUCUUCCGAGCUUUGCUAACCCGUAUGUGUCGCAAGGGCACAGGUCUCGGAUUCGGCGGUAACUCAGGGUCAGAACCCGGCGGUAGAAUCUCCUUCCAGAAAUAUCCGGGUCUUAUUCAGCUGCUGUCGGACCUUCUGUCGUCAUCAGAUGCGAGGAACAACGCGGAGCUUGGUGACCAUGCCAUGGUUACCGAGCGAGUCUUCCCAGCGUUGGAACUCAUUGCGGAGAAGAUUCCGAAUGUUUAUGACACAGACGAUGAGAUGCUGCUAGGGCUAGUCCGGGAACAGCUCAAGAGCCCGGUGUGGGGCAUCAGAGAACACGCAGCUCGUGUUUAUGCAUCACUGUUGAAUCGCCCCGAUAUUCUGAGGAAUAUCCAGACGCUGCUCGAUACUGACCAUGAUCUGAAAUCGCAGGACUUCCUGCAUGGAAAGGCCCUGUCUAUUAAGUAUGCCCUGCGCAGAUUUGCGUCCGCGUCUCUCUCUUUCUGGAAUGAACAUAUCCACGAAGUCUCUGCAUCUUUGCGACAGAUUUUCGCGACGUUAUUCCCCGUUGCCGAGUCUCCGUUUGUUGCGAACACUUUGCUAGAGAUUCUAGGUGAAUCGGUCGAGAAGAGUUUCGAGUCUGGAACCGAAGAAAAAAUGUCGAUGACUCUCUGCUAUACCUAUGACUCGCAAGGCUUCCAGGACAUCCUGGAGUACCUGUUUGACUCCUCCAACCCAUUCUAUAAGUCCUUGAGUACAACGCGUGCUUGUUCGAUGCUCCGCAGAUCUCUCUCAUGGGUCGGAGUUCUGCAAAUGUUUGUGACCGGCCAAUUAGAGGAGCUGGAGCCAUUCAUUAGGGCUGUUUCAACGUCUGAUCCCAAUGCUGGUGUAUGGCUACUAGAGCGGGCGCAGGAUACACUUGGAGCAAAGGACAAGUAUCGAUCGACCUUGCUGCAACUGUAUACUUCUAUUAUCCUAGCCGAAUAUCCCGAAGAUUUGAAGGGACCGGCUAUCUCGUAUCUAGCGUCUAUACUGGAAGACCUCCUGGACUUCCACCAUGAUAAGUUCAAGGAUAUCAACUUGCCAUGGGACGCACUGGACCGACAAAUCAACUCCAAACCCAAUGGCGAAGUAUGGAACAGAGACCGAUCUGAUGCCGGGAUCCGUCUCCAAGGAUGCCUUUUGGCUGCAAAGGCCGUCUCUAACGAGAGCCAAAUCUCGGAGACGGAUGUCCGCAGAUGGGCCACGAAGCUCCGUUUCGCAAUGCAAGAAGAGACAGAGUUUACCACCCGAAAUGCUGCAGUAACCUCCCUCACAGCAUUUGGCCGCGUAUUACGCAGCAACGGCAAAGCUCCGUUGGUGGAAAAGGUGUUCUUGGAGAUCUACCUUAUCCUCUUUGACAUGUUGAGCGACGAUGACGAGGACCUGCGUGAUGUUGCUGCCGGAACCGCCUCCUGGGUCUUGUCGUAUUCCUCCGUGGCCCCCUCCAAGGCUGUUGCCUUGUCUCCCUUGAACGCCAGUCAACUCCUUGCCGACUUCAUGGUGGAAAACUACUCCGAUUCUCAACUUCUCUCCACCAGGACAAUCGGCUAUAUCACUGGGCAAGAGCCAAAGAUCAGCGGCUCGGUUGAGCCCACAAAGCUCGCUACAGUCGAAGCCCAAAUCGCGGAACUAAGGAAAGAGAGCACAAUUCUCUUCGAAGAAGAACGACAGAAUCUGUUCAUCGAGGAGAUCCGCGAAGUCGACAUCUGGUCCGACCGACUCCUCAGCCUUCAAGAAAGCGCGUUCAACGAGCGUAUCGUCCAGGAGACCUCGAAAUGGGUUUCUGACGGCCUGUCAUACGUGGCCGAAAUCGUAUCAGACGAGUCUGGAACAGACGGACUUGUGGGCUGGGCCUCGAAGCCAGAAACCUUCACCCUGGGCGUGAGACUGAUCAGCCUCGCGGCUGUGCUGGUUUCAGAGGAGUUUACUGCUUCUAGAUACCUCUCUGAAGACCAGAGUGCUCUCAAAGAGAAGCUUCAGAAACUACUUAGCAAUGGGGAAUCGGCGUUGCUGCAUGAGAAUUGGAUUGCUAGAAUUCGGGAUGCAUUGGGUAUUCAGGUCUAGGAUAGACAAAAGUUAGAGAUGUGUUAAAUACCAAUUGUUUGUUUCA